AUGGGAGAGUCGGAAUUCCAGCAAAUCGUGAAAAGCAGAGAGGCGUCGGACUCCGCCCUUCGUUUUUGGUACAUUCGUUUCCGCUUUAUGAAUCCGCUAACGCCAUUUGCUCCUCACCAAGAAGGAGAAUUCAACUUCGGCGAGUUCCUGUCAGAACGGCUUUCUGAGACACUGUUGCACAUGGUCGAAAUACCAAUAUCCACUUGGACGUUGUUUAUUCCCAUUCUACUUUCUGUGCGGCCGGUCUUUGGCUUCAGCCCGAAGCCGCUAAUGGAGUUUCUUGUUUUCGCUGCAGGGGCCCUUUUGUUUUUCAACCUCUUCAUCUUCUGGCGACUAGAAACAGUCUUGAACUACCACACUCCCAGCAGUAAGGAGAUCGAAGAGUACCUUCGGGGUCUUGCACAACCGGGGACUUCAACGGUUUUGCCUGCUGCACCAAUUGAAGCGCUCCCACCCGUAACUCGAAACGGGCCAAUAUGCACUCUGAUUAGAGGAGCCCGAGUAAUGAACGCUCAGGAGUCGCUAUUCGUACUAGGACCGAGAGGCAUCCCAGCAAUGAGGACCUUAAUCCAACUGUCGCUGUCGCUUCACGUUGUCGCCGUAACUGCCGCAGCGAAGCUGCUGAUAUCCCCGCACUAUCAGCAUGUUAUGUUUGGGGUGCUGGGCUACUGGAGCGGCAUCGCGCCCCUGUUAGUGCUCCUCCUCAGCAUGGGGCUCUUCCCUUCCAUCGCCACCCACUUCACAGUCGUCAGCAACCUCGGGUCUCUAGCCAGCCGCCAGGCCAUCGCUGCAAGCGCACAGCGCCUCCGCUCGCAACAGCUGGAGAGGUAUUUCCAAAUGCUUCAGUUCCUUCGCUACAAAGCAGACACCGAUUUCGCCUCACGCCCCGGCCGUGCGAGAGAUGAAAUAGAGGAAGCGAAGCAACUAUACGACUCCCUCUCGCCAGAAACGCAAAAAGGCUACCAAGACAUCUUCCACGCAUUUGCUGAGCUCGCUGAAGAACCCAGGAUCCCCCUCACGAACAUUCACAAGAUGAUCGAAGCAUUUGCACUAAACGAAAGAAUACCCGACUGCAAAGAGAAAGCAGAUGGGUGGGUCGUCGCACUGGACACUUCUGAGAGCCUCACGUUCCCCGCUUUCACCGCCGACCUCUUCGACUUUCUUGACGACGACGCUGACGGCUAUGUGACGGUGGUGAGCCGAUAG